UCGUAAACUGCAGAGGAAGAAAUCCUACUGGAGCACAAUACAGCUCGUCUGUCCAGGGUUGUAUGCCCUAGAGAUACGUUGCUAAUUUAAGACAAUAUAAAAUAUAUAAAUCUAUUUUGGUGGUUAGAUAAUUCGUCUGUGCCAUCAUACGUUUACAAGUGAAGACUCCGGCUAGAAGUUGAUUCGAUUUGAUUGGAGACGUCGGCAGAUUAUUCAACUUCCUCCAACACAGUGGAUUACAGUGGGCCGCGGAACUUGCCCGGCCUAUGCGGGGUUUGGUCGACGUUUCAUGUCUCUGUAAAUCUAGCUCGAGGCUUUUUGCUCGGCCUUGGAUAUUUUGGUUUAAUGGGUAUCGGAAAAAAUCAGAUUGACAGAAGAACGAGGAAAUUGUUAUUAUUUAAUUGAUAGGUGUCAGUUCAUUACAUUGCCUAUUAUCCGUCCGACUGUUUCCAUACGUAAAUUAAUUAGAUCCAACCAGUUAGCUAGCUAACUUGUUAGCCACUUCUUUCUUCGCUAGUAAGAUAAUACAACCAUUGGCAUUGGAUCCUUCCUGCCUUCCCCAACGAUGGAAAGAAUGUCGGCAACCUUUCUAGUUUAACUGUUGUUUUCUUUUAGCUUCUGUCCCUCGGAAAUAUCCAUUUGAUCUGUAACAUUAAUUGUACAUGUAGCGUUGGUAAAUUGUACGAUUUUAAGCUUGUUCGAUUUUAGCUCAUUGGCUUGACUAGCUAUUAUUUUUAAAGCUAGAUUAGUCAAAUAAUUAUGGGGCAUGGUCUACAUACAGCAAGCCUGCUAGCUGGCUAGCUAGCUAGGUAACGUUAACAAAGUAGCUAUAUGCUUGCUAGCCUCAUCUGUUCCGAUGGCGCUUAGCCAGCAACGCAAAGGAUAUGAGAACGAUUAUGCCAGUGUGUUGCUGAUAUUCAUUAAUAUUUGUCUGCCUUUCAACAGUUUUGUAACAUGUUGAAAGAGAUUUUUGUCCGCCCUGGAAUUAGCACUGAUAUAACUAUCUGACGUAGCUGGCUGGCUAAGACUGCUAACGUUAAAUGUUGAGUAUAUUAUCGUCAUUGCAACUACUGUGCUAGCUAGUAAACGUUAGAUGAAGGAACGACAAUCAGACAGUUAAACGGUUUGAUUGAUUGUUUGAUUCCAUUUAAUCCAGUGUGGUCAUCUGCCUAUCACAGAAUAGUCUGACCCGUGUUUUCACUUCUUUGUGAAUUUAAUGUAAGAAACAUUACCAAGGUGGCUCACAAGUCGAAUAACGUUAGCUGAUGAAAACGUCAGCCAACUAGCCAGAUUUGUUGCUAAAAGCUAACACAUUAGGAUUAAUUUUUAGCUAUGUUGAAUCGCGUUAUGAAAAUUGCCCAUUCUAAAUGAGACUGAACUUCGGGAACACAAAAUAAAAGAUUGUUGGAGUCAGUUUAACUACAACUAUCGUUAAUCCAGUUGUAGAGGUAGACAACGACGUUAGCCACAUCCAUUUUGUGUACAAAAGGAUAUUCAGCAUAGCAAGCUAUCGGGAUGUUUGCUAGCAUGCUGAAGCAUCCUUAGAAUGUUUUGAUCAUUACUUCUGAUAAAGUCAGCCAUGUGUUGACAACAAGACAGCUAUGUGGAUUUAACUUAUAAGAAUUUUAUUGCCGAUCCAACUGGUUUUUGUAACAUGACUCGACUGAACUGCACUGAUGCCGUACUGUCUCCGGCAGACUCUGAAAUAUAGACAGGACUAUUAACGCCAUUUUACACAGGGACUCCACAGCGAGUCCAGAAGGUGUUUGUUCAUAUUGAGACAAGGGAGUGCCUUCGACCGGACCGGGAUUUAAAGUGCCUUUAGUUGGACUUGGAUUGGUGCAGUGCAUUUUGACAUGGACGGUCCGAGUCGAAACGGUGGGUGCAGGCAAAGCCGUCGCUCCCGUUCUCAACGCGACAGAGAACGACGCAGAAGGAGAGCAAAUCUAGCCGAGCACAGGGCUUCGUCUCCGUCCUCGGCCUCAGACCAGGAGGUUUGCAGGGGCGACUCCUUACUUGGUGCGGCUGGUGCAGAAUGUCGGCCUGGUUUCCCUGGUGUCAGGCACAGGCCUCCUCGCCGGAGAAAGCGAGAGUCUGUUUCCUGCGAAGAAGAUAUAAUAGAUGGCUUUGCCAUUUCCAGCUUCAUAAGCUUGGAGGCCUUGGAGAUGGACUGUUCUCUGAAGCCCCCGGAACGUGCUGGUGGGCUCAUGGGGAGGGGGAGCAAGAGGAAGAGGGGCCCGGAGGAGAAUGGUGGAGGGCCCCUGUCAGAGCCAGAGGAAGGAGCACCAGCCAGUUUCACCACCAGCAGCUGGGAUAAAUACAGAAAGGGAGAGAGGAAAAGAAAGAGGAAGAGGGAAGAUAAGGCCUCUGGGAAUCAUUUCGUGGAGACAGGAUACAUUUGUGACACUGAGAGCGAUUCAGGCGAUAAGGGUUCUGACAAUGAUAUGGAACCAAUAUUCUUCGUCAAGAAAGUGGAGCCAGUGCCGUUGAGUAUCGCAUCGACUGUCACCAACGGCUGCCCCCUGGUGCCCACUCACUGUCGGGUGCCCCGUCUGGCAGUCACGCCCCGCGUCUCCGGGCUGGAGCGCAGUCAGGAGAGGAGUCUGGACCUGCCUUACCCCGAGACCCUGUCUACCUCCACCUCAUCCUCGCUGUCCUGCCUUCCUCUGUCCCACUCCACCCCCAUCACCACCGCCACCUCCCUGGCCGAGCAAAUCAAUGGCAAUGGUCCCCACUUGCACCACAGGCUGCCGGAGCGUGGCAGCAGCUCCCCUCGGCCCAAACACAAGCCCUUCCUUACCUUCCCGGGUCGCCCCACUUCCAAUACGUACAGCAUGGGCGUCAACAGCAGCAGGAACAGUACCUCAGUUAAGCCACCAUCUUCCUCGAUGGCCUCGUCCUCUUCCAUGCGACCUCCAACGCCCUCCAUUGGUGUGCCCCUGCCCCAUGGCAGAGGCCCGGGGGCCACCGGAUCGCACCGUCCCCCAUCCCGCCCCAACUCUCGCACCUACUCCCCUGGUCUUCCCCCUCCACCCCCUCUACUACAGGUGUCCAGUCAUUCAGCAGCAGACCAGGACCGGCUACGUCAGGAGCUGAACUCUCAGUACCUGGCCUCUCAGGGCACGGAGCGCGACGGACGCUCGUCAGCCCCCGGGGCCAGCAGCGGCUCGAGCUCCACGGGCCCCUCGGUGUCCAGCGCCACGUCCAACAGCACCACCAGGCCCUCGCAGGCCCAGCCCUCCAUCCAGCCCAUGUCCUAUCAGUUCCAUCAGCAUAACCACCAGCACCAGCACACGCACACCCACCAACACUUCUUGCACCCCACUGCCCAGGCGCCUCCCCUGUUUGACAAGUAUCCAGGGACGAAGAUGGAGAGCCUCUUCAGGCACCCUGUACGUAUCAGCCACAGACAGUACUUUCCACAGUACCCACCGCCGGUGCCCGGAAUCCAGCCAGUUCUCCCACCUACGGGUCCCUUCAGCUCACUGCAAGGCGCGUUCCAGCCUAAGCUUGUUGCCCUUCAGGGGGCGGCUCCAGAGAUGACCGCUCGUUUGGGGGUCAUCCCCCCCCAUCUGCAACCCAAAGAUCCACGGCUUACAGACCCAUUUACAGCAUCGCUUAAAGUCAGUAAUAAGCCUGGAAAGUGGUGUGCCAUGCAUGUCCGUGUUGCUUGGAUGAUCCUCAGGCAUCAAGAGAAAGUCAAGCUGAUGCAGGCAGACCCGCACAAGCUGGACUUCCGUAAUGACCUGAUGGCCCGUCUGCCCGGCUCUGGGGGCAUGAGCGGAUUGGGAGGUUUGGGGGUCCUCGGAGGAACUAUACCCCCAACCCACGACCUCACCAGACCAGGCGGCCUGUUCGCAGCCAGUGGUGGAGUCAAUCCGACCUCCUCCCCGUUCAUACCACCAUCAACGCCCCACUCGUCUUUCCUCACCCCUGCUGCCCAUUUGGAUCCUUAUGGGCGUUCACCACCUUUCACCCCGCUGGGAGCACUGGGGACGGGUGCUUUUGGUGGACUGGGAAGCCCCACGCUGGCAGCUAGCUCUGUGUUUGGCCAUAAGGACGCAGCCUCUGGUCCCCCAGUAGGAGGAAUGGGGAACCCCCAUGACCCCUGGAACCGCCUGCAUGUGGCCCCUCCGUCUUUCCCCUCCGGUCCUCCCUGGGCCAAGGCUGGAGAGAAACGGGAUGAGCGGGAGCGAGGGAAGGAGCCGGAGAGGAGGGAGGUGACCCACAUCAAAGAUGAGAGGGACAGGGACAACAUGCUGUAUGGACGGCAGCCUAUGAGGAUGUCCCCAGGAGCCCCGCCCAUAAAGCAGCAGCAGCAACAGCAGCAGCAGCAGCAGCAGCAGCAGCACCGCAGCAGCACCCCCAUCUCCCACAUCAACGGCCUGGGGGCCUCCCUGAGCAGCAGUGGGGGCCCGUCCGAGGGGCCCAGUAGGGACCGAGAGAGGGAGCGAGACCGCGACGUCGACAAGCGACCACCGCACUCCUCCAUUCCAUCCUCCAGGCCGUCGGCGGUGACGGCGUCUUCCUCUGCUCCAGACAGGCCGCGCUCAUCCUCCUCCUCCGUCCUCACCACCCCGCCACCCAACUCCACCUCACUAGCGUCCUCCCCUCUGGACCACUUCCCACGCCACGCACCUCCACAGCUGCCGCACUCCAUGGGACCUGAGCCGCACCACUCCUCCCAAAGAGACAGCGUUGGCCCGGCCUCCUCUUCCUCCUCGUCCUCCACGGUCACCUCUCACCAGGUCAAGAAGAGCGACCGCACCACCACUCCCGUCUCCAAGCCGCCGCCCAACUUGAUGCCGCAGCCCGUAAAGGUGAAGGAGGAGCGCAAAGAGGAGCCGAUGCCCCAACACAGCUAUGAACGACCCAGCAGCCGCCAACACCAACAUCACCCCUCCACUCCUUCCUCGGCCUUGUCGCUGACCCCUACACCCGGGGUGCCCCUGCCGGCGCUUAACCAGCAUCCCCACCCGGCGUUGCUGGAACGCUCGCGGGCAGCGGCCCUCGAGGCAUAUCACCACAUGCAGCAUCAGGCCCACUCACAGGCGCCCCACCACUACCCUUCCUGGGACCAGUGGCGGGAGCUGGCCGCCCAACAGCAGCAGCAACAGCAGCGGCGUGAACUGGCUCUACGGGCCGACCCCCAUCUGGCCCUCCGCUCAGACCCUCAUCUGUCCCGUCUGCUGCAGCACCAGCAGGCCCAGCGGCUCAUGGAGGCCGCUGCAGCCGCUGCUAACAAUCACCACGCCCAGCGCGUGGCCACUCCACCCAACUCGUCCGCUUCCACGUCAGGGCGGCCAGACUUCUUGAUCGCGCACCCCUUCGACCGCCCGUCGCAGGUGGGGGGUCCCGGUGGAGGUCUGCUGGACGAGGAGCAGCGAGCGCAGAUCCUGCGCGAGGACUUUGAGCGGGUGCGCUACUUCGGCAUGCAUCCCCACCACCACCAUCACCACCACCCGCACCUGUCCAACCCCCACCUGCACAGUCCGUCUCACGCUUCCCACCUAGAGCAGCUGCACGCCGGCCUACUCUCCCACCAACACCUCCACGGUCCAGGGGCCGCCUCAUCACCGCAUCACCUGGGGUUGUACUCGCGCCUGGGUCACCUGCACCCAUCAUCGCACAUGCCCAACGGCAUCCUGACCAAGACUCCUGCUGGUCUGGUGGGUGCGCCCCCUCCCCUCAUUCCCUCAGUGACCAGCCGGGCCUCCACGCCCCCGAGACCUUCCAGACUGGGUGGGGUGGCCGAACUGGCACUGUUUAGCGCCCACAAAGACGCGGAAUCCAGAUAGUACAGGGAGGAAGCCUGGAGAUCAAGGGGGGGAAAAAAAUAUUUUUUUCUGUGCUGAAACUAUUAUUAUUCUCUUUUUGUUUUCUUUUGUUUUAUUUUUAGCUUCUCUCCCUGCAAAGGGAGAAGUCUGUGCAGGAAAACAUGCCUCACCCUCUCGGGAGGGUCAGGUUGUGGACAAGAGAGCCUUAUGGAGGCCGCUCAUGCAUUCACUGUGGUUUCUUCUAUCAGUGCAAUUUUAAAAGGUACUCUGUUAAUGUGCUCACGGUUCAUAACUGUUUUAAAAAAAGGCCUGUGGUUGAUUCAGAGCAUAUCCAUUAUCUGUAAUGUAAUGGAAAGAGACCAAUAUAUGUCAUUUUGGAAGUUUUAAUAAUGGAAGGAAUGGACCUGUAUACAUUCAGACGUAAGUGCACUCUUGUACACAAAAUGAGGCUCUACAUCUUCCCUUAAGUGGUGAGUGGGUGUAUGUGAAGUGCAAACAAAAAAUAAAGUGUCUAUUAAAUUGGCAGUGAGAUUAGGGGAAUAUCUGCUGUUACUUGGGAUUUUCCAUAGCUCAACAAAACAACAUUCUUGUAUGUUUUUAAAAAAAAAGGAAAAAAAACUAAAGAAAGAAAGGAACUAAAUGCAGAAAAACACUUCAUUUUAAGUUUUCCUCCACCUCAACAAUCACAUCUAUAACAUCCAAAAUUGUCUUUGUUUUAAUCCUAAAGAUUCAAUGGUAAUAUAACCUGUACACCUUUUGUGGGUAAUGUUUUUUUUAAUUUUUUUUCAGAAACAGGUCUCCCCAUCUUCCUCUAUCCUAGCUCUGUGAGAGUGAGCUGGACAAGAAUAUAGUAGUAUAGUAAUAUUGCCUUUUUAAUUGUUAUUGUUAACAUUAAUUACCUUCUAUAAUAAAUAUAUUCACUGUUUAUGUUAUAUUGUCAUUGUUUCAGGUAUUAUCAAAUGCACUCCCAUGUUAGUCAUAUGUUAGAGAUGUCCCUGAUCCGACAAAUGGCACCCAGAGCUCUCGCGUCCAUUUGUUGAAAUGUAAUGGCUUUGAACUGAAACAGAAACAGUCAGUGUGUCUGGCUUCUUUGUCACUGAGGACUCUGCUUAAUAUUUAUACUUGAGACAAUAUGUCUAAACUGUAUGCGUGUGCGUGUAUGUGUGUUUAUAUGUUUCAAUCAUGACAGGGACUUAGAAAGCCCAAAGGCAACUGUGAUGAUUAAAAUGCCUCGCGUGAUGGAUGGAUGCAUGGGACAUCAUGUGGACGAGUCAAAAGUUAAAAAAGGAAUGUGGGUCUUGUGCCUGCAUAACAACAGGACUGAAGGGACUCCCUGACAUGAAGAACUGGACAUUUGGGGCGAAUUAUUUGAAUAAAACAAUUUUAUACCUUUUAAACCAUGUUCCCCUUGAAAAGAAAACCACAAAGAUUAAUUAUUAAAUGAAUUGUUGGUUAUUUACUUGCAUGGUGGUUCUUUGUUUUUUUUUAAGAUUUUAAAUUAUAUAUUUUAUUGUGACGCUGAUAUAAUUCAGUGAAUCAAGCAUUGAGAGGUUCAUAAACCCUUUUAUGUACUCAACCUUUAAAGUCCAAACAUGCUUGAUCUACAUUAUAUACAUCUCGCAUUAUAAAAGAGAACGGUUCAAUAAAUACUGCACAAAAAAGAUUCAGCAUGUCACUCUGCUGAUAACCUGGUGUUGUAGAUCGCCACAAUAAAUAAAUCAUGAUGGGUAAAGGAUGAUAAUCUUACAGACAAACACACUCUGAAGCCAAUUAUUCACAUCAGUUCCCUAUUUAAAUAUCUCCAUGCCUAUUGGCCAUCUUUCAGGUUUAGAAAGACCCACAAGCUGAAGCCAAUUAUUGUAAGAUGUAGAUCCAUAUAAACCAGUGCAUGGGAUAAAAAUGUACUCCACAUGGCUCAGCUCUACACUGACAAUCAUAUUAAACACUCAACCAGGCGAAAACAGCCUUAAUACACCUGUAGAUCAUGGAUAUGGGGGACCCAAAAAAUGCAAUGAACACAUGUAUUUUGUUUUUGCUCCAAUAUAUUAUGUAAGUUAGUUUACGGCUUUUGUGUAAUCUUCUUUUACUUAGUGUUUAUGUAUCUAAUUUACGUGCAACACUAUUCUAUGAAAUCCACAACAAAUGUUAUUAAUACUCCCACAUACUCUGAGAGCGCUUCAUGUUUUCUCGCGAGACUUGGCUACACUGCACUUUGUCAGCAGUGGCUCGUUCCUCCAUUUCGCUGCGUCUAAAGUCUCCUCCCCGCAACCGCUAGAUUCGGCGAUCCGAACCCACUCUCUGUCGGCCCGGAUUUUUGCAUGAUCCCACGAAUCUGCCAGUACCUCGUUGAGUACCGGGAGAGAGUUUGGAAUUGCCACAUCACGGAUUGAGGUCGAUUUGAAACGGAUGGCGACUCCUUCAAUAAGAAUUUAG